AUGGUAUUAGCAGCAUCCAUAAAAAUACUCGUUCUAAUAGUUUUAUUGGGUCCCACAAUCGCUGGCUCCAAUUUCACCUCGCUAUUUCCGUGCACUUCCGAAAGUUCCUAUCAAAUGACACCUACAACUAUCGCAUUUCGUCAAGGCACAUUUGGAUAUGACCCAGGUUGUCUUAUGAUCUCGACUGGGACGACGGUCACAUUCUCCGGAUCGUUCACCACUCAUCCUUUAGAACCAAAUUUACGGUCAGGAAGUGGAGGAGAUAGUCCCAAUCCAAUCAUCGAGACCACCUCUGGCGCAAUAGUCUCGUUCACGUUUACACAGGUCGGCUUCUAUCCAUUCCACUGCGGCGUUCACACUGACAUGAACGGCGUCAUCUGGGUAACAUCGUCAAACACAACAUUAACAGCAGCAACCAGUAGUAGUACGGGUAGUAGUACGCUGACAAAUGUCACAGUGCCAGGUCUUGCUCCUGCAUUUCGACAAAAUGGUUUAAUGAUGAUGAUAGUAAGCGUGAUACCAUUGUUAUUCAGUAAUUAG